UUGUUCCGCAUGCGCGGUGGGGUUGAGAGAAGCGCACGCUGAGGAUCGGCGGUCGCUGCGGGUGGAUCAAGUCUGAUCUCUCCGAUUAAAGAGCGUGGCGCGGGACCCCAGUGCGGGAAUCACACACAUACCUCAGAAUGCCGGGUCUAAGUUGUAGAUUUUAUCAACACAAAUUUCCUGAGGUGGAAGAUGUAGUGAUGGUGAACGUAAGGUCCAUUGCUGAAAUGGGGGCUUACGUCAGCUUGCUGGAAUACAACAAUAUCGAAGGCAUGAUUCUUCUUAGUGAGUUGUCCAGAAGGCGUAUCCGUUCUAUAAACAAACUCAUCCGAAUUGGCAGAAAUGAAUGUGUGGUUGUUAUUAGAGUGGACAAAGAAAAAGGGUAUAUUGAUUUGUCAAAAAGAAGAGUUUCUCCAGAGGAAGCAAUCAAAUGUGAAGAUAAGUUCACCAAAUCCAAAACUGUUUACAGCAUUCUUCGUCAUGUUGCUGAGGUGUUAGAGUACACCAAGGACGAACAGCUGGAAAGCCUGUUCCAAAGGACUGCCUGGGUCUUUGAUGACAAGUACAAGAGACCCGGAUAUGGUGCCUAUGAUGCAUUUAAGCAUGCAGUCUCAGAUCCCUCUAUUUUGGACAGUUUAGAUUUGAAUGAAGAUGAACGGGAAGUACUCAUUAACAAUAUUAAUAGGCGUUUGACCCCACAGGCUGUCAAAAUUCGAGCAGAUAUUGAAGUGGCUUGUUACGGUUAUGAAGGCAUUGAUGCCGUAAAAGAAGCCCUGAGAGCAGGUUUGAAUUGUUCUACAGAAACCAUGCCCAUCAAGAUUAAUCUAAUAGCUCCUCCUCGGUAUGUGAUGACUACAACAACCCUGGAGAGAACAGAAGGUCUCUCUGUCCUCAAUCAAGCUAUGGCUGUUAUCAAAGAAAAGAUUGAGGAAAAGAGGGGUGUCUUCAAUGUUCAAAUGGAGCCCAAAGUGGUCACAGACACGGAUGAGACUGAACUUGCGAGGCAGCUGGAGAGGCUUGAGAGAGAAAAUGCAGAAGUGGAUGGAGAUGAUGAUGCAGAAGAAAUGGAAGCCAAAGCUGAAGAUUAACUUUGUGGGAAACAGAGUCCAGUUUAAGGAACACAAAGCAGCCCUUCUUGGCUGAAAACCCUAGACUUGAAAGUUUUCCAGUAUUGAAAACUUCAAAGCUGAAUAUUUUUUAUUUCCAAGUAUUUAAAUGUUCCAACAGACCAAAACGUGAAAUGCCCUCCUAAAUGUCAGCUGUUUUCACACAGUAGCUCCAACACAUUUUUAAGGGAGUGGCCUAAUUUCACUAGAGACAAAUCUUUAAGCUAAGAACAGUUAUAAAUUGGGCUUGUGAUUUCCAUUUCUGAUGUCUCCAGAUUGGCACCCCUUUGUAGUUCAGUGCCUCCAUGAGAUUUGCCAGGGGCGCCCAAAGCAAAUAGUCCCAACCUUUCUAUAUAAAAUGUAUCAAGCAAACAUUAAAUAAAUUUCUGGGAUAUUUAACUAUAGGCUUCUUCCUUCUUAUCACCAGUUAAAAACAUUAUGAAUACUAAGACCCUAAUUCUAUCAUCUUCAUUUUAGUCUAGAUGUAGAAAUAUAAGGACAGGUGACCAAAAGAUAUACACAGCAGAUCCUUUCAAAAGGAGGGUUUAGAAGAAAUAAUUUUAUCUUUAACACAGUGAAAGCUGACUCUGAGGGGAAAAAAGCCUUAAAAUGCAAUUAAAGAGUUACAUUGGUUGUGUGCCUUUUACCUAUUUGAGACUGAUGACAACAUGUGGUAUGAGGGAGAAUUUAUCACACUGGUCCUCAGUGGUGUACUGAGCUGCUUGCCUUGAGUUUGUAAUUCAGGGUGGUAAAGUAUGUUUUUUUCUUAAAUGCUGCUGCUUUAAUUUAGUUAUUUUGAGUAUCAUCGCCCAGCUUUUGAUUUUUUUUUUCAAUUAAAAUAUUCACUAGGUGCCACUUAGAACUUCAGUUCUCUUUAUAAUAGAAUAGGGAUGUGUUUGAACACAAUUAGAACAAUAUUUCUACAUGUUGCCAUUAUUUUUAUCUUUACAAACUAAUUAUUUUAAAGGUAUAUAGAUUUAAAGGUAAAUAAAUAAUAAAUAUAAAAGUGAAUAAAUUUCAUAGAUAACACAUGGUUUGAAGUUAACUGCUUCAGUAGCCAGAGUGUAGAAAGUCUUGAGUUACUUUGGUCUGCUUCAUAGAUUGAAUCUCUUAAGAUACUUGAAGUACUAGAUAUAUUAAUUAUUCCUAAGAAUAGCUAUUUAAAUACUUAGAAAAUUAAACCUAACCCAUCCUGGUCAAUCUAGGACUAAACUCAAAAUUAAAGGGACUGAAAAAGAGGAGUGUAUUGAUGAGACAGUUUGGGCCAUUUGUGAAGGUUUGUCCCUUUAAUUUAGCAGACUACUAGCUUUUUAAAUCCAGAAGUCUAACUUCAUAUGGCCAUUUCCACAAGGGAGCCAUGAUUGCUAGCUGGCAUGCUACACUGGGAAUAUUUAGAGGAGAGUCCAGAUGUGCUCAAAACUGGCACAUAAUUUUCACCAUUGUCUUUUUGAGGAGUCAAAAAACAAGUCUAUAAAGCUUGCAGCAUCAAGAAUGUCAUCAGAAUAUAACAGGUGAUUCUUAAAUGUUUGCUGUAGGCAGGGAAAUUGAAUUUUUACUGAAAUUUUUUAUACUUCAAAAGCCAUAACUAUUGAGAAAUACUGGUGGCCUCCAUGGUGAGUGAUUUUAUGCCGUGCAGGCCUUUUGCUUAAUUCCAUAACACUUUUUUACAAAUUUAUGACCCUUGCCAGAGAAAAGAUUAAUACCUCACUGAUACCAUGAAGGAGAAAACUGAACUUAAAGUAUACACCCUGCUGAUCUAAAAAUAUCACUUUCAAAUAUGGGGACAAGAAACACACUCAGCUCCAAAUAACUUGAGGGACAGGUUGACAAAGACAGUUUACCAGCUUAUCCAAAUCUUGGAUCUUUCCCCAAAAAGCCUCUUCAUUAAAAAUUAAUUUCAUCUGUUCCCCAUUCUGCCUUUGAGGUCAAGUGGGUAUCAACUCAUAUAACUGAAAAUUAGCAAUAGUUUAGUUCUCAUUUAUGCAUAAAUUAAUUGAAAAUCAAAAAUGGCCAAGAAAAAAUAUGAACUGUUUUUUCAUGUUUUAUAGCAAAACAGGACAAACCAGUACUUAGGUGGAUAAUGUUUGAAUAUUGAGUAGGAACCUACAGAAACAUGCUAAGCACUACGUCAUGCUAAGCAGUACAGUUAUUACUCAGCUGCCAUACUUUCAGCCAUUCUUAACCUAGCUACUUUUACAUCAAGAACAAUUAAAAUGGAUUUUUAAAAAUUCAAGUGCUGGUAUGUUGGUGAGAGUUGUUCCCUGAUUUGCCUCAAUGUGAUGGUUAUUACUUUCCAAGGCAUGAAGAUUCUGAUAGCUCCUAUCCAGAGUGGGGUGGAGUUGUGCCAAUUUGGAGUCAAGAAGCCAUCAAACCAAAUGCAGUUGAAUUC